UUCACAUUUCCUCCUCCGCUCGCUUCCUUGUCAGUGGCUCGUAAACAGACAUAAUGAGAUGUCCACGGCAUUUGUUUGACAGGACGCUGUGUGUGUAGUUUGAGAGGAAUGACAGCUUGAUGAAGAUGUGUACUGGUUGAUGACGGCGUACACCGAUACGGUUGCAGGUUGAGACUGCGGCUGAGGUCUCGACGUAGCUCUCUCUGGGCUAACUGGACGAGCAGGAAAUAUUGGAAUCAGUUUCAGUACUGUUGGAUGUUCAGGCACCUACAGUAACACCUGGCUGAAAUGGUAGCUGAAUGAGCUUGAAAUGCUGGAGAAGCACAGAAUGUUUUCUACACCUUUAUCACUUGGUUGUGGACUCUUUUGAGUGGUGCCAUGACCAGUCAGGGUGGUGGCCAUGAAGACACUCUAAGACCAUCUUCUUCCCCUUCUUCUCGGCCCUCCACUGCCCCAAAGCUACAGGUGCAGCGCUCGCUCUCCCGAGAUACCAUUACCAUACACUUUUCUGCCAAAGGAAAUGAGGAAGAGGAAGAGGAAAAUGAGCUCUACAGGCUGGCUGUUACCCCAUCCAGUCUGGAAACUGAAGAUCAGAGUGUAGUCACAGCUCAGGAGGCCAGCGAGGAGCUUCUCUUGGAAGGGUUGGUGGCAGAUAUGGAUACAGGGGUGUCGUCCCCCUCAUUCAUCCAGACCCAUAGCUCUGCCCUGGCAAUCCAGAACCCUUCAUCCACUUCUAUUCCUGUUAGCUCCUCAUGGCCCUCAGAACAAAAGUCAACUCCCCUUAUACCUUCUACCCAUUCAGCCUCUUCCAGCUCAUCCCCAGCCAAGGCUUCUGCCCUACCCUCAAAACCUUUGUUGAGCCUGGUCAAGUCCCUUUCUACUGAGGUAGAAUCUCGGGAUGCUGUUGCAGUUGCCCCCCAGGCAAUGAGGCAUCGUCAUUUGAUGAAAACACUGGUUAAGUCUUUUUCCACUGACACGGCCCGACCAGAAAAAGAGGCUUCAUCUACUCAUCGGUCCCUAGAUUCCCGACUCAACUUACACCUUUUCAAACCUUUUACCCAACCUCGCAUUCCAGCUGCCAGUGGAGACUCCAAAACUGCUCCCUCAUCCCCCCUUGCCUCACCUGACUCGCGCUCCUUUUUCAAGGUUCAGGAGGUGGAGGCACGUAUUGAAGACACAAAGCGGCGCCUGUCGGAGGUCAUGUUUGAUCCCCUUCAGCUGCUCAGCAAAAUCAUUGGUGAGGAUCCUGGUGUCAACACUUCCACUUCUACAACAACCGGGAUUUCCUACUGGUCCAGAAACCUUUCCUCCAGUGCCUCUGAACUUUCCAACCUGUCUGCUCUCAAUGGCCACUCAGAAAGUAACAACAACUACUGCAUCAAGGAAGAGGAAGACCCAGAGGUGGAUAGUCCUUUAGAUGGGGGAACCAUUGAGUUGCGUCUGCAAAGGUCUCCCUCUCUCGGUUUGGACAGGUGUUCCAUGUCGACCCUUGCCCGUCAGGAAGAUGAAGAGUUCUGCGAGCUCUACACCGAAGACUUUGAGCUCUGUACUGACACAGAGCUGGAUGGAGUAGAGCCUCAUUCGUCCCAGGUCCGACGAGGAAGUACAGAAGGAUGCAGUGAGGAACCAACUGAAGGAGGGGAGGAGGAAGAGGAAGAAGAUGAGCCUUCAGGGGUACCCCACAAUGGACUGAUUCUUCUUAUAUCUGUAGUGUACGGUUACUUUGUGCUGCCACUGCCUAGCUAUGUGUGUUGGGUGUUGAUGGGAGUGGCUGCAGGUUUCAUGUUGGCGAUACUAAUGGUGUGGUUGUCCGCAAGUCGCAGAUCUUCGUGGGGCCGUCAUGGCAGCUGGAGCAGGAGAGAGCAAUGGAACAGGAUUCCUCUAGAUAUCAAAGAACCAUCCAUCUACAAGGGCUGGAUGAAUGAGAUUUGCAGCUAUGACCCCGAGACGUAUCAUGCCACCCUCACCCACUCUGUGUAUGUGCGCCUGGAGGGCUCCGUCCUGCGCCUAUCUAAACCCAACCGCAACAUCCCUCGCCGGGCAACCUUAAAUGAGACCAAACCUGAUGUAACCUACAUCAGCCAGAAAAUAUAUGACCUCACCAACAGUAAGAUCUACCUGGUGCCUCAUGGUUUGGCCAGGAAACGGGUGUGGAAUAAGAAAUAUCCCAUCUGCAUUGAGCUGGCCAAGCAGGAUGACUUCAUGGCUAAAGCCCAGGGAGAUAAGAUCGAGGCAGUGGAGGAGAAGACCCCUGCUGCCGGUGAUAGGAUUGAGGCGGUUGGCACGAGUGAGGAACCGAAGAGAGCGCACACAGAGCCGGUGCUGUACCUGUUUGGGAGGACUGGUAGAGAUAAAGAGGAAUGGUUCAGAAGAAUGCUGUUUGCAUCCAAACUAAAGUCUGAUGCCAAGAAGCCUUCAGGCCGGCCUACCAGUUGUUUAUCUCAUAGUCGCAGCAGCAGUCGUGGCAGUCUCGAUGAAGUUCUCCAUUCUCAUCCCAGACAGAAAGAUCUUGGUGCCAGUGUCAAACAAAAAGUUCUGGAAUACAACAUCUACAUGGCCAAAUAUGUCAGCCAGUCCACAGGCACCCCUGUCACAAGCCCUGUGCAGAGUGCUGGGAGCAGUCCCGGAACUGUUAAGAAGUUUCCAGCCUGUCAUGUGCAAGAGGCAGAGUCUGAGGCCUGGAUCAACGCACUCUUGGGUCGCAUAUUCUGGGACUUCCUUGGAGAGAAAUACUGGGCAGAUGUGGUUUCCAAGAAGAUCCAGAAGAAGCUGAGUAAGAUCAGGCUGCCAUACUUCAUGAAUGAGCUGACCCUCACCGAGCUUGACAUGGGCAUUUCUAUGCCCAAGAUCCUCAGCUCCUCGAAACCAUCUGUAGAUCACCGAGGCCUUUGGUUUGAUUUGGAGAUCUCCUAUAAUGGUUCUUUUCUUAUGACCCUUGAAACCAAGAUGAACCUGACCAGGCUUGGAAAGGAGGGAGAAGGUUUUGGUGAACAGGGCAAGGAAGGACCCAGACCACGCACUUACUUCCUGGCCGACAGUGAUGAGGAGUCAUCCAGUGCGGGAUCGUCUGAUGAGGAGGAUAGUGCAGAAGUGCCUGAAAUUCCAGGAGUGGAGGGUUAUCUUGGAGGUCACCGACCCAGUAAAAUCAUGCGCUUUGUGGACAAAAUCACAAAGUCCAAGUAUUUCCAGAAAGCCACAGAGACUGAGUUCAUAAAGAAGAAGAUAGAGGAGGUGUCUAAUACUCCUCUGCUCCUCACGGUGGAGGUGCAAGAGUGUCGAGGAACUCUCGCUGUCAACAUCCCACCACCUCCAACUGACAGGAUAUGGUAUGGUUUCAGAAUACCUCCUCAUCUGGAGCUGAAAGCUCGGCCCAAACUGGGAGAGAGAGAGGUCACAUUUGCUCAUGUCACAGACUGGAUUGAGAAAAAACUAAAUCAGGAAUUUCAGAAAAUAUUUGUAAUGCCAAACAUGGAUGACGUCUGGCUGCCUAUCAUGCACUCUACCAUGGACACACGCUCCAAUGCCAACAUCUUGAAAGACGGGGAACUCUUGGACCCUGAGGAAUCCCUCGAUGACAUGUGAAGAAUUGUUGCUACAAAAGAUAAAACACUAAAGUCCCACGAGAGCAAGACAAUACCUGAGCUGACAAUAACAAGUGCCAUGUUGCCCAUUAAACAGAGCUGUGAAAAAUGUGAACACAUCCAUAACUACAAGAAAGGACUAUACUGUUUGCUUGCCUCUGAUCUGUUCAAGAGGAUCAUAAGAGUUGUCAUAGGUGACAGAAACACUACUGACCCUCAAACAGGACAAAGAGGUGAAUUACAUUUCACUACAAACCACAAGCAAACAGGAGAUGACUUUAAAAACUAAUGAAGAGGCAGCACAGAACAUAGAUGGGCAUAUAUGUCUCUGGGUGUAGUGUACGCUACCUCUUUUGAUUCAUGUCAUCUUAUCAAAAUUUCUGGGAGAUGCAUGAUAGUCAAUGCAAGAGGUCUACAAUAGCUGGAGAGAGCUAUUAAUUAGUAUUCCCAUUCAUCUCAGUAGCUUGGUGCCAUCUUUGCUCUUGGGCAUUCGGUUCUGGGUACCCAUUUUUCAAGCAAGUCAUCUAAACCAUAAAAACCAUGUGACAAUUCCCUCUGGAGCUGGAGGAAAUGUGGUCACAACAUUGCUGAUUAAAAAAAAAAGGGGGAGGGGGGGAGAUAUGUCAAAUUGAUGCUUUAAAGAGUGACGGUAAAAAAAAAUAGUCACUGGUAAAGUGUAUACUUCAAUACAAUGAAAUUAAUAGCUUGGUCUACACAUACAAUUUACAAUCUGAGGGUCUGACUUGAUUGUUUAUUAGACAGAGUGCCUGCUGAUCACCUUAGAGGGUCUUAACUUUUAUAGUGUGCAUCCUUGUGACAUAUAGAAAGCUGCAAACACCAGUUAGGGAAGUAUCUGAUCUUUCUAAUAGAAAUUUCAAAAGUUUAAGCAUUUUCAAGAUGUGCACCCUAGUAUGAUUUCAUUGAUUGACGUAUGCUUCUAGUAGUUUAUUAGACAUCACAGACGUGCUAGUACUAUCAUCCUCUUCCAGUCACUGCUGCCUGAGCCCUCGGUGUGGUGUCUAAUUAUGCAAUUAGAUCAAUUUCACUGUGUUCAAGAGGGACACCAGACAAUAACCCCCAUCCCUCAGUGUUCCCUACUCAAGCAGCCAAUUCUAGUGGAUUGGGUUUAAGAGCUUGUGUCCAGACUCAUUGCUCCUCUGCAAUUGGCUAGAUUAGUGGUUCUCAACUGGUGAGUUGUGACCCAAAAAACGAUUUGCAGGUCCACAGAGGAAAACAGUGCUAAACGCAAAUAAAAUGCAACUAACAUCAUAAUCAUGCAUUGAUUGGCAAAAUAAAUAGGCUUAACAACUUUUAAAGGGGAAUAAAAUGACGGUGUCUCGUUAAUACUUGAUUUGGCAAAUUUUUAGGCAUACACGGUUCAUAAUAAUAAUACUUUACAGUGUUUGGGGACAUUUUUGUUUACUUUUGUGCGAUGUACAAUUUUGGUAGUGUUGGGUUGCCAUUUAAAAUGCGAUGUAAAUGCAUGUGGGUCAUGAAGGAAAACCAGUGUAAAAACACUGAUCUAGAAACCACAUUGCAUUUCUGAUCAAGUGCUAUUCUAUUUCCAACUAUGUGGAGAAGCUUGUUGAAUGUAUAAAUCAUUGCAAAACUUUUUGUCCACCUUAUUUGGCACAUUUUGUUUUAUCAAGUAUUGAUGUGUUGCUGAUUAAUUGCACUUGCAUUCUUUUAAGUCAUGUUGCUAGUUUCUGUUUGAUAAAAUAAAACUUAACAGGCCAUAUCAUUAGUUGAAAAUUCAUCCAACAUAAUGACAGAAUCAUAAUAGACAUUCGGAUGUAUUUCAUAUAUGUGUAUUCUGAUUAUUCUUUUCUUAAGUCUAUAAAUCAAAAUUACAUAUACUCUAUUUUUUAAAACGUUUUAUUUUGUUAUACCAUUUAUGAUUGGUAUUGCCAUACAUAACUGAUAUUCUGUGUGCGCUCUGCCAAUCAUUAUUUCAUUUGCACUUUGUGAUAUAUCAUUUGAAUUUUUGUGACAUGAUUGUGUGAAAAUUGAUAAAAAGCUUUUGCAAAAUAAUUGUGCUAGAUAUUACUUCCAGACCAGUUUGCAUUUGCACAGAUAUAAAUGGUAAUUCAAAUCAAAGUGUAGUUUGCUUUUAAAAUAGCACUUUGGAGGGAAAGUCCAAGAGGCUCCAGUUAUAACAAGCUUUUACUUUUGCACGGUUGCUUGGCCCAUUGAGCCAUGAAGGGGCUCCACAGGUUCAAAGACAGUGCUGAUACAUGUAAUACUAACACAAACGACAGACAUCCAACUUGUUCAUUUUAUUGUUUAUUACAUCAACACUUACAUGUUCAAUCCACACAGUUUAAUUAAAGAUGCUUCUAUCAAUGUACAUUUAAUCUGCCCAAUAAAAACAACAACAUCACCACACAUGAAACACCCUGAAAUUGAAGUUGCAAUUAUUGAUUCGACUCAGACUUCACUAGUUGUAAGCACUUUGUUUUAAUGGAUUUAUGAAUGAUUAACAGAAAUUUGUUCUGCUUGGGUUUCAUGAAUAAGGUCCAAUGACAUAACAGUGAACAAAGCAUAGAUGCAUACAAACCUCAAGAUAUUCAUUCAGGGCUUUUGAAAUCCACCUUUUAAUCCUGUUAAAAUAAGUAAAUCCAACGUGAAUAAAAGGCUUUAACACAAAAUUGUAAAUUAAAAUAGCUCAAUAACAGUCUGGUCAGUGAUUUGAGUUGACAUCAUUGCUGAUCAGCAGUCUAACGCGUUUAAAACAUCAUUCCAGAUAAACACACACAAAUAGAUAUUGUCUUGUACCUUUAGU